GAACCAUUCACAAACAAACUUCCGGCGGGAUAUUUUUGUUUGCUUUUGCUCAAUGGGCUGGAGGCACCUUCCCCCUCAAUCCUCUCCUGCCCUCUUUUCACUUAAAUUCGUGAUAGUAUUCACCAUCUGGACUCACACACCGCCCUCGCCUAAGUGUGUAUUCAAUGAGAGAUUCACAUCAAAAAGCCUAAAAAAUCCCUUGCCCUCUCUUGGAAAUUCUUCUUCUUGCAAACAAACCAACCCUCACGAAAGUCUCAUUGACAAUCGACAACAAACAAUCCCAACCCCCUUCUAUACCUCACAUCACAACAUCCCGCACUGAAUUCAAUCCUUCACUCACAAUCACCGCCAAAAUGAAGAGCAUCACCAUCAUCACCUCCUUCUCCGCCAUCUUGGGCGCGAUUGUCACCUCUGCUGCUCCUGCUGAGCAGCCGGUCAAGGCCGACAUGGCCACGAUCUGCGAGAUUACCGAGGCUCCCUUUGCGAACGCUAUCUGCCAUCCCUUCACAGCGUCCGAUGGCACCGUUUUUGCCGUCUUCACCCUCGAUCCUGCCAAGGCCAACGAAGGCAACUUCGACGGCAUGAAGACUGAUGUCAACUCUGGAGCCACUACCUGGGUUCCCAACAAGAAGGCUUGCAACGAGGAUUUCUGCGACAACGUCAAUGGCCUUCACUCUGGCCACAUCAACCCCUACAUGCCCCUUGUCUCUGACUGCCUUGCCAUCAAGGACUGGGCUGCCUCCAACGCUGGCCACUGGGCCGUCUCCAAGGCUGACUUGGACAAGCACCGCUGGGUUGCCCUCUCUGUCGUUGGCACCUGCGCCUUUGUCGUCGGCGCCACCAAGGAGAACCGCCCCGAGGCUGGUAUCAACAUCGGCAACCAGGAUGUCACCGAGAUCAUCCAGCAGGCCAUUGACAAGCACAGAAUGAUGGACCAGGUCGAGGGCCCUGGAAUCAUCCGCGAUCCUGCCUGUGGCUCUCUCUGCGCCUUCACCGAGCCCCCUUGUCCCAAAGCUGUCUGCCACGAGGUCCUUCUCGACAACGGCAAGUGCAAGGCCAUCUUCACCGUCCCGAAGGUCGGCAAGAACGACUUUGCGAACGUCGAGGGUGUGGUCUCCCCAGGUGUGGAGGUCAAA